AUCCGUUCUUUUUUAAGGUAGAAAUGGGCCGGACGGGCCGACCUUUACAACAAAACCAGAAAAUACUGAAACUCAGGGAGCAAAAUUCAAUUAACUUGUUGUCUUGCUCUCUUUCGCCUUCAGCACAGAAAGGGUUUUCUCUCCAGUAGACGACGGUGGAGAGUCGCAGGGAGGAUUGUCGCCGUUCAGUGAGCAAUGGCCAGCGCCGUCGUGGAGAAGACGGAGGAGGAGCUAAAGAAGGAAAUCGAUGAACUCAAUCGUCAGCGUCGCGAGAUAACGGAGCGGCUUCGAGAUCCGAGAGGAAUUCGACGCGGUGGCUUUACUGGCUCUGGUCCUCGUAAUAUCGCCGCCAACGGCGGCCGCCAGCGCGGUGUUGUCAGACCGGCCGAAGGGAAUGAUGCUGAGGAUCAGCCAAUGCCAAAAAGGAGAUUGUUAUCUGCAGUUGUGAAGGUUGAAGAUGGGGAGAUUGUGGAUUCUAAUCCUGAUGCUCCUAAAGAAAAAAAGAAGAAAGAAUCUGUUUUUGAGGAAAAUGCAGGAAAAGCAGCUGCAGUACAGGGUGAGAGCAGGCCGACAAGCUGGAAUAGGAGGGAUGAGAGUACUAGGCCUUUCAAGAGGGUCUCUGAUAUACCUUUACCGGAGCAUGCUCCGAGAGUGUUGCCAAAAGAUGAAGAUCCUAAAUUGGUUAGUAGAAAUAAGAGAAUGCUCGGUCAGCUCCUGGGGACAUUAGAGAAAUUUAGAAAAGAAGACAUGCAGCGUUCUGGGUCUGAAGCAUAUAUGCGGAGGUCAGAUUCUUUGAAAAGGGCUGAGCAGAAAGCUCGAGAAGAAAGCGAAAGAUUAAGGCAGCAAGAGAGAGAACAGAUUGUAGAAAAACAAAAAAGGGAUCUGAUUCUUAGAGCACGCAUUGCUGCUAAAGCUGAGGAAAAGAGAAUGGAGUUGCUGUUUCUUAAGUGGAGCGAGCACAAGAAAAGACUUGGCAAUUUUAUAAGAACAGAAGCACAACCUCCAAUAUAUUACAUGUUUGCCAAGCCAUUGGAUGAUAAUGCAAUUUUAACAGAGCAAAAAAAGGAGCAGAUAUUCCAAGAAUGGAAAGCUGCCACGAGAGAAGAGCUGUCUCAAUACCAGAAAAAAGUAAGCGAAGAAUACCUGUCCAACGUUGAGAAAGAGAUGGAGAGAUGGCAGAAUUGGCGAAGAGGGAACAGGAGAGCCAACAACAACAACAAUAGCAACACCGCAGAUCUCCAAGAAACAAUGGACAAGGAGUUGGAAACCCACAGGCUGGAGCACGGACCGAAAACCAGAAAGAUCCCGGGAAGCGACAGCAAUGACUAUGAAGAUGAUGUUGAAGACAUCAAUGUUGCCGAGGAUGACAUGAUGAUGGACGGCAUGCUAGAGGUUGAUGACAACAACCAGAGAGUCGGCGACGAUGAAACUGCCAAAACUGAGGGUCAGUAGUGUGUGCGCCCCAACACUAGUUUGUAUUUGCAAUUCUGUCUCAAGGAUUUGUUAUAAUUUCGGCUUGUUUAAUGUUGUUUUAUUUAUAGUAUGCCUUAUUCAGCUAUUUUUUUUGUAUCGUUGGUGAUGAGAAGUUUCAUAGUUUUUGUUCCUGUUGUUUUUUGUAUUUAUGCAAGUUGUUUGGUUUCCCUUUGAAGUUUGAACGCACUUUUAUUGUCAUAGAAAUCAACUUUGUUGUUGUUC